GUGAGUGGGGCAAAAGUCCAGGUGGGCGGGGCAAAAGUCCAGGUGGGCGGGGCAAAAGUCCAGGUGGGUGGGGCAAAAGUCCAGGUGAGUGGGGCAAAAGUCCAGGUGGGCGGGGCAAAAGUCCAGGUGAGUGGGGCAAAAGUCCAGGUGGGCGGGGCAAAAGUCCAG